AUGUUGAGAAAAAGCUGCAGUCGUCUGAGGUCAGCAUUCUCCCUCAGCUGCCCGCCCUGGUUGUCUGUCUUCUUGUUAUGCAGCGCAGGUCUCUUGAGCACAGAAUUGAAAUGUGCGCGAGGGAUGCAGCUGACAUCUACGGGGCCGCAGACCAUUCAAAAGGCUGAGGGAGAGAGCGUGAUUUUGGGCUGCACUUACACACCGAGCCCUCUUGACACCGGAGACCUUGACAUUGAAUGGUCUGUGGUCAGUCCAGACAGCACGCAGAAGGAUCAGAUGCUCAUGUCCUACAGCAGCGGCACUAGAUACGUCCAUGGUAACCCUGCUCUUGCAAAGGAACUCAGCUUUGCUGCUCCUGACCCCUCAAUGGGUGACGCUUCGAUCUCAAUCUCAGUGUUGUCACCUGCUCAUAGUGCUACCUACCAGUGUAAAGUGAAGAAAUCACCUGGAGUGGACAUGCGCAAGGUUUCACUUGUGGUACUGGCGAAGCCGUCUGUGCCUAAGUGCUGGGUGGAGGGAGGGGAGCUGGUCGGCGAGGCUCUGUCUCUCCACUGCAAGUCUGCAAAAGGCUCCACUCCCUUAAAAUACACGUGGAGGAGAGAAAGUGCAGGCCCCAUCCCUGCUGCAGCCACGCAGAACAGCGUGACUGGCGAGCUAAAAAUCAGCAACCACUCUCAGAGCUUUGCAGGAUUUUAUCUUUGUGAGGUGAACAAUGCUGUUGGAGCCGAACACUGCAGGAUCAACCUGAAAGCGAACAAACCCCCAAACAGAGCAGCGAUGAUUGUUGGCACCAUUGUGGGCUCUCUGCUCCUCAUCCUCAUCCUGCUGGUCUUCAUCGGACUUCUAUACUGGAAACUAAGCAACAGACUUCGCUUUGAGAAGGAGUUCUCCAAUGACAUCAGGGAGGACGCUCCGCCUCCCGAGAGCCGCCCAGUCAGUCGCCACACGAGCAGGAGCGCCAGUCAGCACCCGCAGGUUACUUACUGUCCGGUUGGCAGCGCCGAGGUGAGCUCUUUAAGUGACGGAUACACACACACUCCCUCCAGCAACAGCCAUGGACAUACACCCCUCAAGUAUGCACCAGUGGAAUAUGACAGCAAGUACGGAUACGCAGUGUGAGAGUGAACAACAGAACUGAAGUGAGACGCAUUUAACUGUCAUUGUGAUGGUUCAAUAGAUCCUUGAAGACCAU